AAGCUUAGACAAACUAAGAGCACACGUACAUAUCAUUUUCUGUUUUGCUCUUGUGUUUUAUCAAGUCAUCUUUUUUACUAACUGAAUGAAAGAAAAAAUAACUACAAAUCUUUUAUCACUGAUAGCAAAUUAUAGCGGGUUUGAGAGUAUAUAAUUUUUUAUUGUUUUUGUGUAUUUUACACACAUAAUAUUUGAUUUUGGCCAAAUGCUGCUAUUGCUGCUGUUGACUGCUCAUGAGUUAAGUACGAGUUUUAGUUAGUUAUUAGUAUUGUUUUUGGUUGGAUUUUGGCCAAACAGUUUAUAACUUUAAUGAAUUUUACGCUGUUAACUUCAUUCGCUGUUAGACGUUUAACGUGCGCGGUUGGUUUGAAAAAAAAAAAACAAAGUAUAAAAAAUAUAAAUCGUGGUUUCUGUUACCUAAAGAAAAGUAAUAAUAACUGAGGUGGUUAAAGAAAAUUAAUUAAAAGUUGCGAAAAAUUUUAAAGAAAAAGCUGAAAAUUUAAAUUUUUCUAACAAAACAAGAGUUAAGAAAAUUUAAGAAAAAAAAUUAUAUAAAUUGUGCUUUCAAAAGAAAUUUUUUGAAAUAAACAAAGUGAUCUUUUUUAUUAAAUAAAAGAUCUUUUGUUCUGGAAUUAGCCAUAAAAGCGAGGAAACCCUGGGACUAUGUUUAUUACAAACUAAAACAACUUUUGGAUAACCCUUUAACUCUUCCUUUCAACCAACGAUUCCUUAAUAAAUACCGCAUUCAAGACAGCCGCUACUAGUUUGAAAAUAGUUCAAACAAAAUGGCGUUUAUAAAUCUACCUUGUUUCAACAUACCGAAACGUUUCAAUGUAGCUGUCAUGUUAUUCAUGGCCUGCCUGAUGAGCUACAUGAUGCGCGUUAAUUUGUCUAUAAAUAUUAUUGCCAUGGUCGAGAAUACCGAUGCUAAUUCCACAGAAAUAUUACCAGAUUAUGGUCCCCGCUAUAAUUGGACUCAAAGUGAUCAGGCUAUGUUGUUGGGUGCCUAUUUCUAUGGUUAUAUGAUCACUUCGCUGCCAGCUGGUAUGUUGGCUGAAAAUUUAGGCGGUAAACCGGUAGCUGGUUACAGUUGUCUAGCGGCUGGCGUUUUAACAGCUCUAACACCUUUGGCAGCCUCUUGGGAUAAAUGGGCUGUGUGGGUUAUAAGAUUUGCCAUAGGUUUCUUGACGGGUGUUGUCUAUCCCUGCUGUCACAGUUUGAUAUCUAGAUGGUCUCCUCCCGAUGAGAAGGGUAAAUUUGUGGCCUCUUUAAUGGGUGGCACUUUUGGUACUGUGAUAACUUGGCCUAUUAGUGGUGUGAUUAUUGAAAAUAUGGGCUGGGAUUGGGCCUUCUAUAUGGUGGGCAUUUUUGUAGUGAUUGUAUGCGGCGCCUGGUUUAUGUUUGUCGCUGAAAGUCCAGCGGCCCAUAGAACUAUUAGCAUUAAGGAAAGGGAGCAUAUUGAAAAGAGUUUGGGUGAUACUGUAUCCACUAAGAAGCGCUGGCCUCCAUACAAAGCUUUGGUUUUGUCCUUGCCUUUCUGGUCUCUAAUGUUGUUGCAUUAUGGCAGCAUGUGGGGUCUAUUCUUCCUGAUUACAGCUACUCCCAAAUUCUUAAGCGAAGUGUUGGGUUUCAAUUUAGCUUCUGCCGGUUUCCUGUCCUCUUUACCACAUUUGGCUCGUUUGUUGUGUGCCUUUGGUUUUGGUGCCGUCGCCGAUUUAAUAAGACGCAAAGAUUGGUUGUCCGUUACAAAAAUGAGAAAGGUUUUUUGUCUUCCCUCCCAUGUUAUACCCGGUAUUUUGUUGAUUAUCUUGGCCUAUUUUGGUAAAGAUCCUUAUGUUUGUGUGGCUAUUAUGACUGUUUCUUUGGGUUUCAAUGGUGCCGCCACUGCUUCGAAUCUGCAAAACUCCCAGGAUUUGGCACCCAAUUAUGCCGGUACUUUGUAUGGUAUUAUUAACUGUGUGGGCACUACACCCGGUAUUUUCUCUCCUAUUAUAGUGGCCGCUUUUACCAAAGAAAACAACACCAUUGAACAGUGGCAUUAUGUUUUCAUCAUUGGAGCUGCUGCCUACAUAAUACCCGCCUUUAUUUACUGGAUAUUUGGUUCGGGUAAAAUCCAGAAAUGGAAUGAACUUGAUAAUACUGCUUCCAAGGAGGAAAUUGUUAAUACAAAACUGUGAAACGAAACUAAAGUAUUUGACAAAAGUAAUUUGUUUGUGUUUUAAAAGAAAACUUCAUAGAGUAAAACCUAGAGGGGAAACUUUGCUAACGUUUUAUAGAAAUUCCUUUCUAUUGAAAAGGAAAGCCCACAAAACUCGAAAUUUUGUUCUCUACUAAACACAACUUGUUUCAUUAUAAUUUAGAGUAUUUUCUAUAAAAUUUAAGUGCUGUGCAUAGACAUUAUAUCCAAACAUUUUUUAAAAAAUAUAUCUAUUUUGUAAACUU